AUGAUGAGUGAUCGUCAAAAAGGAUUAGAAAAUGUAGUGGGAGCCAUCUUUAGUUGGUGUGAGGUGAGGUAUUGCGUUAGACAUCUUCAUGCUAACUUUAAAAAGGAAUAUCCUAGACUUUUACUUAAGCAACUUUUGUGGGCAGCAGCUAAUACUACAACACAAGCUGAGUUUGCUCGAGCAAUGCAAGAAGUCAAGGAUGUCUCGGAUGGUGCUUAUAAUUGGCUGGCAGGGAAGAACCCCACAGAAUGGACCAUACUUGAUGCUCGCGACAAGCCAAUCAUAACUUUACUAGAGAAAAUUAGAUUUUGGUUGAUGUCUCGGUUUUAUAACAAAAAAGCUGAGUUGGAGAAGAUGACUCAACCUGUGGGGAAGAGAAUUUUGAAGAUAAUUGAGAAGCAAAAAGAGGUUGCAAAGCAUUGUCUGGUUACUAGGUCUGACAAGUUUCAGUUUCAGGUUCAAUGCAGCAAUGGUAGUGCCUUGGUUGUCGAUUUGGAAUUCAUAACUUGUACAUGUAGGAGGUUUCAACUAUCUGGGCUUCCUUGUGGCCAUGCACUAGCUACUAUCUGGUUCAUGGGAGGUAAUGUCUUUGAUUAUGUCCACGGAUUCUAUAAAAAAGAAUCAUUGCAAAAAGCAUAUGAACAAAGUAUGCAUCCUAUGACUAGUCCAGAUAUGUGGCCUCAGAUAGGACUCAACCCAAUUGAUCCACCACCUGAGAUGAAGCUGCCUGGAAGACCUAAGAAAGCUAGGAGAAGGGAGACCGAUGAACCUCCACCUGCUUUAAAGAAAGCUCGAAGAACUGGACAAGUUAAAACAUGCAGCAAUUGUCUGAAAACAGGCCACAGGAGAGAAACAUGCAAAUCUUCUAAGGUGGUUGGGAAUCGUGUGGUAAAAAAGCGAGGUCGUCCACCACUGCAGAAACCAACUGAAGCCACACUUUUAAGGAAGGAAAGAAGACUAAAACAACAUGCUAAAGGAGGAACUGGUGGUGCAAAUAAUGCUCAACCCGAUAUUAUCUGA